AUCAGCGAGAGGAGAGUGGAGGCACAGAACCAUUCGGCUCCUGACCAUCGCAGAAGACGAGCCGAGCUACUCACCGGAGCUGAAGGUCUGACUGAGGCACAGAGGAGGCGUCUUCCUUCUCCUGCUCGGUCCCCGUUGGGAAAGAGGCGUGGAGAUAUCCCUCAGAGGGAGAGAUGAAGGCUUUGGGAAACCUGAGGAACCUUUUUUUUGCAGCCCCGAAAGGAAUACUGGACCACAUCUGGGUCGGUUGGAGGAGGAUUUGAAGAAGAAGAGAGAGGUUCCCAACCGAGAGGCUGAAGAAAGCGAAGCUGAGGACGAAAUGAAAACACUCCAGAGCUCUGCUCUUCGGCAACCAGGGCUGUCUCUCCCGUUGGGACAGAGUGUCUGAGAAGAGACAAGGGGGAGGUGAAAGUUAGCCAAGUGUCUCUGGGUAACACACACACACACACACGCACGCACACACACACACACGCACGUGUCAAACAGCAUCAUGUUCAUCAUCAAUCUCGGUCGCCCGCGGACGCACUCUCACAGGUGCAGGUAUGAGUUGAGACAACACGACAAGGACACUCGAGGAUUUCCACACACAUUCAUGAGCGCGCACACACACGCACACACACACACACACGCACGCGCGCUGUAAUUGCCUCCGUGCAGCUAUGUAGUCCAGGAACGACCUUCUUAUCAAGAUCGGCUUCAAACUGAGAGUCACGGGGUGGGUUCGGUCCCCCGAGGACGCUUUUCCUCUCCUCUCCCGACCUGGAUGCUGAGGAUACUGAGACCACAGGUAAGGAUUCACCUGUUUGAAGAGGAGACUCGGGAAGAGAUGAAAUUGAGAUUUUUUUGGAGAUCAGGGGCGUCCGACGGGCCCGACGUGCUCUCAUCAUGACAAGCGCAGACUUCAAGGAUGAGAAACCUGCGACUGUGUCCCCCGUCGCUCCAGCUUCAAAUGGACUUUCUCUAAAUGAUUAAAAACAUGUGAAGGCGAAAGCACUCUGGAACUGUUUUAUUUUUUAUUUUUUUUCUCCAGUGCAGUGGGCCAAUCAAACCAGCUCAUUUCUAUCCGUUCCACGCGGUCCUUUGACCCUGAACGGCGGCUCCUUCAGAGGCCCCUCUGGGAUGAUGGCGUGAACACGUGGCCAAAACGCCACCCAUCGCUCAAGGUGUCGGCCCCCCCAUGGCGUCCACCCGAGGGAGUGAGCGAUGACGAGGUCGCUCCUCUUCCUUUCUCCGCGCUGACCCCCCCCCCGUUUCUUCUUCACCGUCUCCGGGUCGCGGCCAUGAACCUGCGUGCCGCCAACGUGUCAGAGUUGAUCUCCGGCGCCGUCGUCGGGGCCGUGGCGACCCUGGGGUCCAACACCUGGUCCCCGCGCGGGUUCGAGGACGGCGCCCUGCGGGUCCACAACGCCACGCCCUCGGGCUGUCCGGCGAGCGGCGCCCACAGGGACGGCGUCGACGUCCAGCCGGGGGACUCGUCCUACCGCGGCGUUGUUGGAGGAGGAGUCCACGGCGAGGACGGCGGCGGCAGGCCCCACGGGUCCCAUUGUCCUCAGCAGGGCAUGGCGACGGAGAAGAACUGGGCGGCGCUUUUGAUCCUGCUCGUCAUCGCCGUCACCGUCAUGGGCAACAUCCUGGUGAUCCUGGCCGUGUCCCUGGAGAAGAAGCUGCAGAACGCCACCAACUAUUUCCUGAUGUCUCUGGCGGUCGCUGACAUGCUGCUCGGCGUCCUGGUCAUGCCGGUCUCCAUGGUUACCAUUCUCUACGAUUACGGGUGGCCGCUGCCCUCCGACCUUUGCCCCGUCUGGAUUUACCUGGACGUCCUGUUCUCCACGGCGUCCAUCAUGCACCUCUGCGCCAUCUCGCUGGACCGAUACAUCGGGAUACGCAACCCCAUCCACCACAGCCGCUUCAACUCCCACACCAAGGCCCGCAUCAAGAUCAUGGCGGUUUGGACCAUCUCAGCCGGGAUCUCCAUGCCCAUUCCCGUCCUGGGGCUCAGAGACCACUCCAAGGUCUUCAAGGACGGCAGCUGCAUGCUGACGGACAACAACUUCGUGCUGGUCGGCUCCUUCGUGGCCUUCUUCGUGCCCCUCACCAUCAUGGUGGUCACCUACUUCCUGACCAUCAGCGCGCUGCAGAACGAGGCCACGCUCUGCCUGGACCAGCUGGUGCCGCGGCCCAAGUGGAGCACCACGUUCACCCUGAGCUUCUUGCCGCAAACCUCGCUGUCCUCCGAGAAACUCUUCAGGCGCUCGAUAAGCCGCGAGGCCGGCGGGCGGGGGAGCGGCGGCGGCCUGGGGGGCGGCGGCGGCGGGCCGGGGGAAGCCCGCGGGAGCCUCUCCGGCUCGCUCUUCGGGCGCCGCACGAUGCAGUCCAUCGGCAACGAGCAGAAGGCCUCCAAGGUCCUCGGGGUGGUGUUUUUCCUCUUCGUGGUCAUGUGGUGCCCGUUCUUCGUCACCAACGUGCUGGUGGUGGCGUGCGACCCGGCGGCGUGCGACGCGGCGCUCAUGGGGGGCCUGCUGAACGUCUUCGUGUGGGUCGGCUACCUGUCCUCGGCGGUCAACCCGCUGGUGUACACGCUGUUCAACAAGACGUACCGGGCGGCUUUCCUGCGCUACGUCCGCUGCCGGUACCGGCCGGAGAAGAAGCGGCUGCAGCUCAUCCUGGUGAACACCAUCCCGCCGAUGGCCUACAGCUCGGCGCAGCUGCCCCCGGGGGACGCCCGGAGGUUACGGGGCGGAGCGGACGUCCCCGGCGGCGAGGCCGAGGGUCGUCCGCCGCCGGGCCGGCGGGAGGCGGGGGGGUUUGCGGCGGACAAGCGCGAGAGCUGCGUUUGAGUGGACCCCUUCCCGGGCUUCCGUUGCCGCGGCGGCACCAAGCGACGGGUCCGAGGGGGGUCGACGCGCCAAAGACGCGGUGCCUCCCAGUCAGCGUUUUUUUCUUCUUUUUUUUUUUUGAAACCGAAGGUCUUGAGUUUGUGUCCUGAAACGAGUUGCUUCGGUUCUUCAGAGCAGCAGAACUCUUUUGGAUGGAACUAACAAAUGAAUCAUCUCGUUUCGUGGAGCACGACACGUUGACGUUUCAGAGCCUCCGACGACCCGGCGCUUGUUUUCACCGUAAUCUUUCCCAAAGACAUUGAAUCGAUCGAUAUGCUCCACGGUUUGAGAGCAUGUAAAGUAAAAGAUGUGAGUACCAAAGGUGUCACGACUUAUCCAAUCAAGAGGAUUAAAAAGAAAGGUUUCCAGUCAGAGGAAGGACUGCAGGCUGAAAAUGACCAUUAAAAAAUGACACACUCGCCCUCAACACAAUGACGGCGUAUAUAGAUCUAUAUUUGUAUUCUGUGCAGGUCUGUAUGUGAAUAAAUGUAAACGAUUGUCGCGGAUUGUUAAUGGGAUUUUUGUUUUUAGUGAUUUUGUCAAAUGAGAUUACGUCGGCAGAUAAUUGCGAUUUAAGUGUAAAUGUUUCCGGCGGCGCGUCCUCCUCAGAGCGCCAGGGCACAUCCAUCGAGGUCACUGCUUCGGGAACCAGAGGUCGUCGGUUUCCCGGUGGACAGAUGUGGUUUUGACGGACAGAAACCAGAGCCACGGAUGCCUCAACAAUUACCUUCAGAUCUAAAGAAACAAACGUGAGUCGAUGUGACAGAAGUUCACAUGAAAUGAAACAAAUCCCCUCCUCACUUUUACACGAGUUAAAGGUUUUCUUAUGGAGAAACCAAAAUGACGAUCAUUACUUUAGAUUAGAUUUAAAAUGAUCCUUCAUGUCUUCACAAAGUGACUUCAGUCCAAACCUGAAGGCCAAACCACGUUGUCCCAGAAACACCUGCUGGUGUCCCAAUUAGAUCCAUCACUUUGGUUUUGGGUGACAUCUUUUUGGGGUUGGACCCAUGAUUGAGUUCAUCAUUUAAUCAAAGCCAUAGGAUUUGAUUUGGUGGGAAAAACCAAAGGCAAGACUCUAAAAGAGUAAAAGUAUAUAUAUAUGUAGGCUCAAGACGUGUCCUCUGAUGUUUCCUGUUUGUAGGAAAUAAUGAGGAGUUCACUUUCACCCGUUACACACCCUGCUUGAACAGGAUUAAUGAUUCGACUAGCGUGAAAAACAGCAAACUCUCCAUAAGGCAAAUCGUAUCAGCCUUUUGGAGUAUUUAAUCGUGAUGAGACAGCUCACGGUUCAUUUUCAGAGACAUCGAGAGGAAUAAAGAGGAUGGUUACUACAAGUCGUGUGAGGAAGAAACAGAGCCAAGAGAGGUUAUCAGUCCUUCCCACGGGUGUUAUUUGCAGCAGCAGGUGAAGCAUUGAGGCUCAUUAAUAACCGCGGUGGAGGAACGGAAACGUUAUCGCGGCAGGUGGCUGCUUUUAGAAGCGUUUAGCGGUGAUGCAUUUUGUGAUGAAACCCAGGACGAGGAAUUUAAAAAAAACUAUUAAGUGAGUUGAGAUGAAGAAGCGUCGUGUUGUUUUCAUCACCCUGGUUCUACUCUGGGUGUUUAAACGGGUCUCGAACCCUCUCGGGUGACGCUGCUACCGUCUGAUGCAAAGAGGGGACACCUUUCCGAUGACACGUGACUUUGGCUCCGCAGACUGGGCCCCGCUUUGCUUUUUAAAGUGUCUACUCUGGAAAUUGAUGUUUGAUGGUUGCAGUCAUGUGUUGUUGUUUUUUCUACAUGUCAACUGUGUCAAACAGGGUUUUUUCUUAUUCUUUUAACAAAGUCAAAUUAAAAAAAGAGAGAAAUCCUUUUUUCAUUUGUGGGUGAAUAAAUAUUUGUGUAGAUAAAGAGAACAAGGACGCAAGGCUUCGUUUCUGUGUUCAUUUGACAUAUUUGGUGUUUUGGCUAAAAUGAAGGUUUGUGCACUUUUGUCGUCAUGGCUACAACAAUAAAUGUGUGUUUAACGUUGGAAAACAACCGCAGAAAUGUUUAAAAGAAAGCAAAAUGAAGCAGGACACAUUUUGUAGACUCGGUGAGAACAUUUCUGUAAUUUCACAAAGGCUGAAAAACAACGAACCCAAAACCCAAAAAGUGCACGCGUAGCAUCUAAUAGUUAUUUAGUUAUUAGUUCUAACAGAGUUACAUCACAUGUCAGCUGACGCCUUUAUCCAAAGCGACUUACAUUGCAUCAUAACCCACACUUGACAUUUUGCCUGGGGAGAAGUUGGUGGUCAGGUGUUUUGCUGAGGGACAGGUCACAUGGGGCAGCCGGGGAUUCAAACCAACAACCUUGCGGGGGAGCGCUACCCCAGUGAGCACAAGACGUUAUUUCAACGUUGAAAUAUGGUUGAAAUCGGGUUGAAAUGAGGUCUGAACGUCUAAGACCUCAUUUCAACGUCUUUUCAACAAGCGAAAAAGUGCACGAAACAUCAACGUGCUAAAAACGGGUAAAUUUCUCGAUGAUGUGUCAUGUUGUAACGUAAGGUUGAAACAGAGACGAUAAUAUCAUUAAGAUUAUCAUAAUAAUGAAUGAACUGGUCGGCGAAAUUUGGUCUACGCAAAGACGUGAUUUCAACGCAUUUAAGAUUUUUCUUAAAACGUCAUGAAUAUGGAAAUACAGAGUGUGAGUCUGUUACGCCGCCACCCCGGCUCGGGAGAGGAGGCGUAACAAUAUGCUUUAAGGACAAAAUAAUGCGGGCCGUUUCAAACAUUAGUUGUAAACACGUAACUCUGAUCACAUCUGUAACGCGCAUGCGCAAGUUCUUAGACGCUUGCACCGGGAGCAGAGCGACGUGAACGGGCUGAUACAACCACGGCUACCGGCCCCAAUACUCUGUAAGUACGUGAGUGUUUGAAUGAAGCACACCUGGAACUAUAACCAGUUAUUUUACUUACCACUCGAUACGGGAAAGACUGUUAUUUUGGUAAGCUAGUUAGCGUUAGCGCAGAUCGUUUGCUAGUUAGCAUGCUAGCUCGGAGCAUGCUAGCGUUCAACAUGAACUGGACCAAAAGUAAACCUCACAGAGUAUUUUUCGUGUGUUUGGUGUUGCUUAUGCGUUAGGUUGUUGCUGUACCCAUAUCAUAUUAUUGCCGUUCCCAUUUCAUGUAUAAAAUACACGUUUUUAAAGCAACGCGGCCUAAACACAGAUUGCAGGUGAAUUCAACAAUUUGUGGCCUGUAAACAAGCUAGCCAAAACAUCGUAAGUUACGGCAUGCUUAAAGCAACAUUGUAAAGUAUGGUACUGUAUAAUAUACCUGGAAAUGUUACUCCAGAAAUGCCAUAAAUGGUUUAUAAUGUCAUAAGUAAACAAUCUAUAAAUAAGGGUUCUCAAACACCUGCUGCUGUUAUCAUUAUUAAACUUUUUUAUUACUGUCAUUAUAAACCCAAAUUACACACUUUGCCUUUUCCCUAAAGUCUUGGUUCUUCCCUCCUCACAGGUUCCUGUGGAUGGAGGUUACAUCUGAUGGAGUUUGUCCCUGCAGUUGUCCUGCCUUACACCUGGUGUACUACUCUGAAUAUUUGAAUAAUUUCUGUUGUAGGAAUUGAACGUACUGUACAUCUUUAAGUUGUUCUUUCUGUACACAGCUACUCCUCCGCUGUUCACCCUUAAGUGUUGUCCAGUUGAAGGGAGUUUUAUCUGUGCCGAUGUGAUGGUUUCGGGACAGGAUGCUACAUGUUUACACACUGUAAAGCUCCCUCAGGAUUAUUUUUCAUUUUGGGUUGAAUAAAAUGAAUUGAAUUGAAUUAACUUAUUGACUAGAGGCAUCUGCAACUGAGGGGUGUUCUGCACAUUCUGAGUCAUUGAAGUGACGAUGAGGGAGACGGAGCUGAUUUCAGGUAUACAAUCCGGAUUCAAGUGACUCAGAACCAUAUCUUGUUACAGAAUCUGAAAAUGAAGUGCCAAUGAUUCAGAAAAAUGGUUUACAAACACAAAAUUCUAAACUGGUUCAUGUUGUUGCUCCACUUAUAAUUUCAUUGUUUAUUUUCACAAAAUAUAAUUUAUUUUUGUAUUCUGUUUUGUAUAGGAAAAGUGUUGUUAUAUUGAUAUGAAUAAAUACAAAUUAAUCAAAUUGUGUUGUCCUUGUUAAGGGCUGUUGACAUGAUUGACAACUGUCAACAGCUGAUUGUGUGUAACUUGUACUUUUCCAGCGAGCAAGUUAUCCGUUGAAAAGACGUUUAAAAGACGUCUAUGGCCCGACGUUGAAAAGACGUUGAAAAUUGGUUUAAAAGUGAAAGUUGUUUCAACGUCUAUUCGUAGACGUUGAAAAGACGUCUAUGUUUAGACCCGUUUUCAACGUGAUUUUUAAUAUCGGUGGUAAACGCACAAAUGUGGACGUCAUUUCUUUAUACACCUAUAAAAUAAUGCUAUAGCACAAAGUAGAGGACGACAUUUUACCGUAUUAAAAAUCACGUUGAUAUGUGGUCUAAAUAUAGACGUCUUUUCAACGUCUACGAAUAGGCGUUGAAACAACUUUCACUUUUAAACCAUUUUGCAACGUCUUUUCAACGUCGGGCAUAGACGUCUAUUCAACGUCUUUUCAACCAAAAAAUGUUC